AGGAACAACGGCUAUUAUCAUCAGCAUUUCUGGAUGGGCUUAUAUUACUUGAAUCCUGAUGAUGGCUUUGUUUGGAGUGAUGGAUCUCCAGUGAGGUAUGAAAACUGGGGCUUUGGAGAACCCAAUAAUUAUCAAGGAAUUGAGCUUUGUGCAGAGAUCAGUGGCGAUUCCAGCAUGCUUUGGAACGACAGGCACUGUGAUUAUCUGUAUGGAUGGAUUUGCCAGAUAAGAAAAGGGGCAAGUGUAAAGCCUGAACCAACAGAAUCUCCUGCACCCAAAUAUAAGACUACUGAGGAUGGGUGGAUUAUACAUGAAGACAAACAAUAUUAUUUCAGCACAGAGAGUGUUCCUAUGGAAAAAGGUCGGGAGUUCUGCAAAACGAACUUUGGAGACCUUGCUGUCAUUGAGAGUGAAAGUGAAAGAAAGUUCCUCUGGCGAUAUAUCUUGAAAAAUGGGAGAGAGGAGUCAUAUUUCAUUGGUUUACAACUGAGUGUUGACCAACGGACAAGCUGGAUGGAUGGCACCCCAGUGAAUUAUUUGGCCUGGGCACCACAUGAGCCUAACUUUGCAAAUAAUGAUGAAAACUGUGUAGUUAUGUAUAAGAAUUUAGGAUUUUGGAAUGAUAUAAACUGUGGUUAUCCAAAUCCUUACAUAUGUGAAAGGCACAACAGUUCCGUUAAUUCAACCGUUCCUCCAACAACAUUUUCAACUCCAAAAGGAUGUCAUCCAGCUUGGCUUUCCUUUCAUAAUAAGUGUUACAAAAUAUUUGGAUCCACAGAAGAUGAACGUGUCACUUGGCAUGCUGCACGAACUGCUUGCAUGAAUUUAGGAGGAAACCUGGCCUCUAUCCCUAAUGAACAAGUGCAAGCUUUCCUCACCUUCCACAUGAAAGAUUUUGUGGCUGAUACAUGGAUUGGAUUAAAUGAUAUAAAUCAUGAACUGAGGUUCCUCUGGACAGAUGGAACAGGAGUUUAUUUUACAAACUGGGCCAAAGGCUUCCCAUCAGGACAUAUGGAUUUAUACUCAUAUGAUGGCCAGGCUGAUUGUGUUGUUAUGAGAAACAAUCCAGUUAAGGAAGCAGGGAAGUGGGCUGAUGAGAGUUGUGAUAACAACAGAGGAUAUAUAUGCCAAAUUAAUGCAGAUGCUGAUCUUCUGCCUCCUACAAGUUCAUCUCCAUCCAGCGUUAUCCGUUAUGGUAACAGUAGUUAUUUGUUCAUCCGUACCAAAAUGAAAUGGGAGGAUGCACGAAAAAACUGCAAACGUGAUCAAUUUGAUCUUUCCAGCAUCUUAGACCCCUACAGUCAUUCAUUCCUGUGGCUAAAGAUACUAAAGUAUGGAGUGCCUAUAUGGAUUGGUCUUAACAGUAAUGUGACUGAUGGGCGUUACGAAUGGAUUGAUAACUGGAGAAUGAAGUAUACUAAAUGGGCUGAAGGGGAGCCAAAGCAGAAAAUAGGCUGUGUCUAUCUCGAUGUUGCUGGAGCCUGGAAGACAGGAUCCUGCAAUGAAAGUUACUUCUCUGUUUGCAAAAAAAGUGAUGUUCAAGCUCCCACUGAGCCUCCUCAGCUUCCAGGAAAGUGCCCUGAAUCAGAAGGACACAAGUCUUGGAUCCCUUUCCGAGGUCAUUGCUACUACAUUGAGUCUUCAUCUACAAGAAAUUGGGCCCAGGCAUCUUUAGAAUGCCUACGACUAGGUGCCUCUUUGGUAUCAGUUGAAGACUCAGCUGAAGCCAACUUUCUGGCAUACACCAUUGAACCACUUGAAGGGAAAACAUCAACUUUUUGGACAGGAAUGUACAGAAAUGUGGAUGGAGAAUGGUUGUGGCUAGACAACACUGCAGUGAAUUUUGUCAACUGGAAUGUAGGAGAACCUUCCCCUCAACAAAAUGAACACUGUGUUGAAAUGUACGCAAACUCUGGGUACUGGAAUAAUAUCUAUUGCUCUUCCUACAAAGGCUAUGUUUGUAAAAAGCCAAAAACAAUUGAAGUGCCACCAGCAGUUGAAAUGCCACCAGCUGAAAUACCAACAAAGGCAAUGACAAAAGACGAGAAGGCUCAUACUCUGAACCAUAGUAAAACAGGAAUUGUAGUUAUUGUUGCCAUCCUUGUCCUAGUUGGAAGUGGCAUUGCAGGCUAUCUCUUCUACACAAGAAGAAAGAAUCACUUGUCAACAAAUGACAGCUUUGAGAACAAUUUGUAUUUUAACAGUGAUUCAGUUCUUGGAACUAGUGACACAAAGGAUCUUGUGACCAACAUAGAACAGAAUGAACAUGCGACACUGUAA